AGAGCUGCGAUUUUUACAUCCGGGGUGAAAGGUUGUACAAUAAUGGCGUCUCCCACAGGCACGGAAAGCAUGAGUGCAGUGCUGGCCGGGAAGAAAACAAAAAAGAAAAAGAUUCAGGCUAAUGCUAACAUGGGAGCAGUGGAUGAGUCGGAACUCCUCACUGUUCCCGAUGGGUGGAAAGAAGCGCCUUUUACCAAAGACGAUAAUCCGAGAGGAUUGCUGGAGGAGAGCAGUUUCGCCACUUUAUUUCCAAAAUACAGAGAAGCUUAUCUAAAAGAAUGUUGGCCUCUGGUGCAGAAGGCCUUGGCUGACUCCUAUAUUAAAGCCACUUUAGACUUGAUUGAGGGCAGUAUAACAGUUACCACGACAAAAAAGACCUUCGACCCAUUUGCUAUCAUAAGGGCCAGAGACCUGAUUAAACUGCUGGCUAGAAGCGUACCAUUCGAACAGGCUGUGAGGAUCCUCCAGGAUGACGUGGCCUGUGACAUCAUCAAAGUUGGCACUCUUGUAAGAAACAGGGAACGUUUUGUAAAAAGGAGACAGAGGCUAAUAGGUCCUAAAGGGUCAACUCUGAAGGCUUUGGAGCUGCUCACAAACUGCUACGUCAUGGUGCAGGGAAACACCGUUUGUGCCCUAGGACCUUACACUGGGCUCAAAGAGGUCAGAAAAGUGGUUUUGGAUACAAUGAAGAACAUCCACCCAAUAUACAACAUCAAGACACUGAUGAUCAAGCGGGAGCUGUCCAAGGACCCCGAGCUUCGAGCGCAGAGUUGGGAGAGAUUCCUGCCCAAGUUCAGGCACAAGAACCUGACCAAACGCAAGGAGCCCAAGAAGAAGACUGAGAAGAAGAGCUACACGCCCUUCCCCCCUCCGCAGCCUGAGAGCCAGGUUGACAAAGAGCUGGCGACCGGCGAGUUCUUCCUGCGAGAACGGGAGAAGAAGCGGAAGAAGAUGGCGGAGAUCAAGGUGAGACAGGCAGAAGCUUUGACCAAAAAGCAGGAAGAGAGAAACAAGGCCUUCAUCCCUCCUAAAGAGAAGCGCAUGAUGAAGAAGGUCCUGAAAGCUCCAACAGAGGCUAAAAUAGACAUUGAAGCUCUUAAAGAAAAAGUAAAGACAGCAAAAAACAGGAAGCUGGGUGCCCCCCCGCCAGCCCCCAUGGCCCAAACAGUCACCGAUGGCAAGAAGAAGAAGCAGAAGAAGCUGAGAGGCUGAUGUAUCUGCUGUUUCGAGGGUGCUGGUCAUCGUGGGAGCCCUCCUCAGGCACUACAGCGUGUCUGUGCUUGGGCAGGUGUCACCCACCCAUACAGAGCAGGGACAAAAGUCAACAUCAGCUUGUAGAGAGCAGGGACAAAAGUCAACAGGCAAAAGUCAACACCAACCUGUAGAGUGCAGGGACAAAAGACAAAAGUCAACAGGCAAAAGUAAACAUCAACCUGUACAGUACAGGGACAAAAGCCAACAAGAAAAAGUGAAGCGACAAAAGUCAAAGCCAUUCUAUUUUAUUGUGUACUUGCAUAGUGAGUUUUUGUCAUAGACUCAAAAUAUGGAGUGAAGAUUUUUUUUUUUAAAUAAAGCAUUUUGGAUGAUAGAAUUCGGUCACUUCUGUCAAAAACCUGGUGUAUAGUGUGGUUGAUAUAACCCUGAUGUAUAUAAAAUACAUUAUACACAGACAUUAGCAGUGAUGUGCAUCCGUAAUCACCUGUUAACAUGUGCAUGGAUUAUAAAAAUUAUUCUUUUUCAUGAUGUUGCUUUCAAGCGCCGCAAUAAUUUUGAACUGUGUCCUGCUUUGAUAAUCCCAUCCACUAAACCACAAUGUCAAGAUGUUCAAGUAUGUGAACAUCAGUGCUUUACCGUAAUACUGCAACUGUCACUGCUAUAAAGAUCAAUGAAUGAUA